AUGGUCAGUCCUACUUUCACUCUGUCUAUAUUGAAAAUUAACACACUGAAGGAAAGGUUUUUCUCCAUCAAAUCUGGUGUAGCACUGAAGCCAUCCAUCUCAUCACCCCCAUCUCAUCACCCCAUCUCAUCACCCCCAUCUCAGCACCCCCAGCGCAUCACCCCCAGCGCAGCACCCCCCAUCGCAGCACCCCCCAUCGCAGCACCCCCAGCGCAGCACCGCCAGCGCAACACCCAUCGCAGCACCCCCAGCGCAGCACCCCAGCGCAGCACCCCAGCGAAGCACACAGCACCCAGCGCAAGCCAUCACCCCCAUCGUCAUCACCCCCAGGCGCACCAGCGAGCCCCCAGCGCAGCACCCCCAGCGCAGCACCCCCCAGCGCAGCACCCCAGCGCAUCACCCCCAGCUCAGCACCCCAUCGCACAACCCCCACUCAGCACCCCCAGCGCAGCACCCGCCAGGCAUCACACCCCCCAGCGCAGCACCCCCGAUCUCAUCACCCCCAGCUCAGCACCCAGCUCAUCACCCCAUCCAACACCCCAAUCGCAUCACCCCAUCGCAUCACCCCCCAUCUCAGCACCCCCAUCGCAUCACACCCAUCUCAUCACCCCCAUCUCAUCACCCCCAUCUCAUCACACCCCCAUCUCAUCACCCACCCACUGCAUCACCCAUCUCAUCACCCCCAUCACUCCACCCCCACUGCAUCACCCCCACCUCACCACCCACCCAGAGCAUCACCCAUCCCUCUCCUCGCCUGCCUGA